UGUUCAUCUGUCUGCUUGGAGUCGAUGUGGAAUCUAACACAAGCUUAUGGUGGAAUAAUGGCACAAAAUGAAACCCAUCCAUUUUCGGAAAUACUAAAAUCAUUUAAUCUUGGUGAUAUGAUCCUAGCCUUCUGUUUAUCUGUCCUCGUGGGCCUGCUGCUCGGUGCCAUGGUUUACGUUCUGCUGACCUGGGCGUCCAGGCGCCGGGCCACCGCCAGGAUCACCAGACGCUCCAUAAAGAAAUCUGGCACCUCACAAACCAAUAACCCCACGAGCAACCAGAUGGGCCUUUACCGCAGCACAUUCCUGAGUGUGUACAGACAGCCGUCCCUGGAGCCGGUGGGUCCUCUGGGGAGCAAGCCCGGUGCAGACACCUCCACCUUUCGGCCUCUGCCCAGGAGGAGCAGGGCCGGCCUGGAGAUGGCCGAGGACACGCAGGUCAGCAUGCCUGAGGAUACGGUGGCUUCCAUCUCAUCGGAUUCAGCAUCACUGGUGCCAAACAAGAGACACUCCUUCUGGUUGGGGGGCAAUGGACUUAAAGGCUUCCUCCCCUCACAGACUCCCCCUCCUGCGUACGACAGUGUGAUCCAUGCUUUUGAAGAGACUUGCACUUGAAACCGUCGACGUAAAUAAACAAGAAACAACAACUGAAAAAGGUGAACAUUGUUGGACUGCAGCCGACUCUCUGGUUGUGUUCUGCUCUUUAUGAGGAGCAGUUGUCUCUGCAUGCUGAGUGAGCAGACAAUUUCUAACGCCUGACACAGGGAACAAGACUUUAUACAUCCUGGUAGAGUCAGCUCAGUAUUACAUAAGGUGAUAUAUACUAGUGGUGCAACUAACUGUUUAAUUUGCAGAUUUAAUAAUUUGUUGUUUUCUCUAUAGUGUGUCACAGAAUUACAGCACAUGGCCAUCACAGGGCCUCAGGUGACCUCUUCAGGUUUAUUGUUUUGUUCCCAAAUUAAAAAAUAUUAAAUUCACAGCAAUAUAACACAGAACAAGCAGCAAAUUCUCACUUUGGAAUAUUCGACAUUUUAGGUUUGAAAAAAAUGACACAAAUGAUUAACAAAUUAAUCGACUAAUCACUGCAAUUGCCGGAAAUUUCAUAACGCCCGUUGUAGUCCGCUGAGAAACUCUAGUGGCGAGAGAAGUGGGAUUCAGUUGUGAUUGUGUGAAAAUGAGGGGGA